AAUCUUACAACUGGAGAGCAAAGUCCACUCUUGAACAUGCAGAAAUGGAUCACUUCCUGACCCAACGUGAUUCCAAAGAAAACAAUGUCGGAAAGUGUCGAAAAAGUGGGAAAAUACUCCAAGCAAAAUCCAAUUUCAGUAACCACUGCAAAAUUGGAAAGAACGAUAAUAAUAAUAACACUACUCCCCAUAAAAUGAUCCACGUGAGGGAGAAGCCCUAUAAAUGUGUGGACUGUGGAAAGAGCUUUAGGUGGAGUAGUAAUCUCAACUACCAUAAAAGGAUCCAUACAGGGGAAAAACCCUAUAAAUGCAUAGACUGUGGAAAAAGUUUCCGUAUGAAUAGUUCCCUUAUUUUUCAUAAAAGGAUCCACACAGGAGAGAAACCCUAUAAAUGCAUGGACUGUGGAAAAAGCUUCACUAUGAACAGUUCCCUUACUCAUCAUAAAAGGAGCCACACAGGAGAGAAACCCUAUAAAUGCCUGGAGUGUGGAAAGAGCUUCAGUAGCAGCAGUUACCUAUCCUCCCAUAAAAGGAUCCACACAGGGGAAAAACCCUAUAAAUGCAUGGACUGUGGAAAAAGUUUCAGUUUGAACAGUUCCCUUACUUCCCAUAAAAAGAUUCACACAGGAGAGAAACCGUAUAAAUGCCUGGAGUGUGGAAAAAGCUUCAGGAACAGGGAUUACCUGACCUGCCAUAAAAGGAUCCAUACAGGGGAAAAACCUUAUAAAUGCACAGACUGUGGAAAGACCUUCAACUGGCAUGGUCACCUAAUGUCUCAUAAAUGGAUUCACACAGGAGAAAAACCCUAUAAAUGCGUACAUUGUGGAAAAAGUUUCAGUAAGAACAGCUCCCUUACUUCUCAUGAAAGAAUCCAUACGGGAGAGAAACCCUAUCAAUGUAUAGAAUGUGGGAAGAGCUUCACCACAAGUAGUGAGCUUAAUUCUCAUAAAAGGGUGCACACAGGAGAGAAACCCUAUAAAUGCACAGAGUGUGGAAAGAGCUUCAGUAGCAGCAGUUAUCUGUCUUCCCAUAACAGGAUCCAUUCAGGGGAAAAACCGUAUAAAUGCAUGGAGUGUGGAAAAAGCUUCAGUAUGAACAGUUCCCUUACUUCUCAUAAAAGGAUCCAUACGGGAGAGAAACCCUACAAAUGCACAGAGUGUGGGAAGAGCUUCACCCAAAGGGGUCAGCUUACUUCUCAUAAAAGGAUCCACACAGGUGAGAAACCCUAUAAAUGCAUGGAGUGUGGAAAAAAAUUCAGGAACCGGGGUCACCUGACCUCUCAUAAAAGGAUCCAUUCAGGGGAAAAACCCUAUAAAUGCUUGGAGUGUGGAAAAAGCUUCAGUAUGAACAGUUCCCUUACUUCUCAUAAAAGGAUUCACACAGGAGAGAAGCCAUUUAAAUGCAUGGAGUGUGGGAAGAGUUUCAGCAAAAGCCGUUCCCUUACUUCCCAUAAUAGGAUCCACACAGGGGAGAAGCCCUAUAAAUGUGUGGACUGUGGAAAGAGCUUUAGGUGGAGUAGUAAUUUAACCGCCCAUAAAAGGAUCCAUUCAGGGGAAAAGCCUUAUAAGUGCACAGACUGUGGAAAGACUUUCAAUUGGCAUGGCCACCUGAGUUAUCAUAAGAGAAUUCACACUGGUGAGAAACCCUAUAAAUGCCUGGAGUGUGGAAAAAGCUUUAGGAACAGGGGUAACCUGACCUCCCAUAAAAGGAUCCAUACUGGGCAAAAACCUUAUAAAUGUACAGACUGUGGAAAGAGCUUCAAACGGAAUGGUGAUCUAACUUCCCAUAACAGGAUCCACACAGAGGAAAAACUAUAUCAGUGCACAGAGUGUGGGAAAAGCUUCAGGUGGAAAAGUCAGCUUACUUCCCAUAAAAGAAUCCACACAGGGGAGAAACCAUAUAAAUGCACAGAAUGUGGAAAGAGUUUUUGUGAGAACAGGUUCCUUACUUCCCAUAAAAGAAUCCACAGAGGGGAGGAAAAAUAUGCAUGCAUGGUGUGUGGAAAGAGUUUCAGGUGGAGCGAUCAACUUACUUCCCAUAAAAGGAUGCAUACACGGGAAAAAUCCUAUAACUGCAUAGACUGUGGAAAAAGCUUCAGUAUCAAAAGUUCCCUUAGGUAUCAUAAAAAGAUCCAUACGGGAGAGAAACCAUAUCAAUGUGUAGAGUGUGAGAAGAGCUUCAGUAGUAGUGGUUCCCUCACUUCCCAUAAAAGGGUCCACACAGGAGAGAAACCCUAUCAUUGCACAGAGUGUGGAAAGAGCUUCAGUUUGAACAGUUCCCUUACUUCCCAUAAAAGGAUCCACACAGGAGAAAAACCAUAUAAAUGCGUAGAUUGUGGAAAAAGCUUCAGUAUGAACAGUUCCCUUAGGUAUCAUAAGAAGAUCCAUACAGGAGAGAAACCAUAUCAAUGCAUAGACUGUGGGAAGAGCUUCAGUGAUAGUAGCUCCCUUGCCUCCCAUAAAAGAGUCCACACAGGAGAGAAACCCUAUCAAUGCACAGAGUGUGGGAAGAGCUUCAGUUUGAACAGUUCCCUUACUUCUCAUAAAAGAAUCCAUACGGGAGAGAAAAAAUAUGCCUGCAUGGUGUGUGGAAAGAACUUCAUGUGGAGCAAACAACUUACUUCCCAUAAAAGGACUCACAUGGGGGAGAUGCCUUUAGGGACUGAAGUGUCCUGAAUUCCUCUAAAAGGAUCCGGUAUGUUAUGAAACAUAUAAAGGCAUGGAACCCAGAGAGAGUCAACCUGUUGAGCUGCCUUUCUUCCCAUAAAAGGAUCCACUCUGAAAAUCAAGGAUCCUGUGGAAAGAGGUUGAGGUGAACAGUCCUUCUUUUGGAGGAUCGCCAUAGGAGAAUCAGAAUAAAUGCAUGGAUUAUGGAAAGAGCUCCCCAGGAUAGUAAUACCAGAGGUAUUACCUAGUCAAUUAGGUCCAGCUCAUGAGACUCUCUUAUUAAAUUGUCCCACUCAUUACGUCAAAACCUCUCAAACCCUCUGCCUGGUCAAGCUGCUUUAUCUAGGCAGAAGCAACAUCUGAAGCAAGUCUGGGAUCUGGCUCCAGGUUUUGGGGAGAAAUGGCAUAUGCAAGCAAAGCGGGGGGAAAUGAGAGUAUUUUAGCUCUAAUUGUAUUGAAAAUACCAGCCUUCGUUAAACACGUAGCAACAUACUUAAGCUAUAUGAUUUUUCAUAUAACCCAGUGUGCAUAGCUGUGGUUUAUCAGUGAAAAUCUCCCCCAAAUGUUUAUAUGUACGUGCCCGUUUAGUAUGUCUCUGGGUGCAAAAUUGCAUUAACCCGACUGAAAGCAGAAGUGUAGCCAGUGUGUUU